GCGAAGUUAGUGCUUUCACUUGUACAAGACCAAUCUGUGCAUUUCCGAGGUUUCUAGCUAGGGUUUUUUAUUUCUCUACUUUCAUCUUCAUUCUCUCUCUUCAUUUUUUUUCUUUUUAUUUCCCCAAAAAAGAAUAAAAUAAAAUGACGAAAUUCAGGAAGCUUAAUCGACCCACGGGUCAUCGUAUGUCCAUGCUCAGAACAAUGGUUUCCCAGUUGGUAAAGCACGAGCGCAUUGAAACUACUGUUGCCAAGGCGAAGGAGAUUCGACGACUUGCGGAUAACAUGGUACAGCUUGGGAAAGAGGGUUCACUUUCUGCUGCAAGGCAUGCUGCUGCUUUUGUGCGAGGGGAUGAUGUCAUUCACAAGCUAUUUACUGAACUGGCAUAUCGAUACAAAGAUAGAGCAGGUGGAUAUACAAGACUGCUUCGAACUCGCAUUCGAGUUGGUGAUGCUGCACCAAUGGCCUAUAUAGAGUUUAUUGACAGAGAAAAUGAGCUUAGACAGUCAAAGCCACCAACUCCUCAGCCACCGCAGAGACCUCCCCUUGAUCCUUGGACAAGAUCCCGUCUUAGUAGGCAGUUUGCACCCCCUAAAGAGGAGAAAAGCUCUGAAUCUGAGAUAUAAAUCAUGAGCCCUUUUUCUCAGUGUUCUAUCAAUUUUUCAGAUACAGCAUUUGUGGAUUAUCCUGAUGCAGCAGAAAUAAGCAUGCUGGGCAGAGUAUAUGUCAAUAUGGCAUCCCAUGUCUUACCUGCGUCUUGGGGGAAGGUCCUGUAAGCAUGGAAUAAAGUAUUACUUUUGUUUUUUUAAUAAUUAUGUGAAAUGAUUUUAAAUGUUGUUAAAAUUGAAUGCAUUCUCGGUUUUAGUAUCUACCCUUACAGUUCAGUGCGAUGAGUUCUGGCAGUUUGUUAAUCCGUAGUAAAACAUGUCGGGGCAACUCCUUGUUUUUAUGCUAUAAUUGUUUCUGGAUGUGCAGGAAAAUAUGAUCCUGCCCUGGUGUCGGACUAUUGACCCUCUUUUCGUUGUGUUUUGAGGUCUUUGCUUGGUCUGAAAUUCUAAGUUUUGGCCUCAUCCAUUUCUUCAGCCUGCGUCUGGCGACAUUGGCUUUAGUUAGACUGAUGAAGUGAGAAUUGCAUCAGAAUUGCGUCCGAAUAUUUGGCUCUAUGGUUGGUGUUUAUUGUAUUCUUUUACAAAGUGCCGAGCUGGAAAUUUACCAGCACUCAAAAAUUUAAAAAGAAAAAAAAGAUAAAAUGAGAGUCAGGGAUCAGUGUUGUUGAAUGCAAAAGGCUGCUAUGUUGGUUCUUUUCUUUUGGAUUUUGGACGGGAUUACUGACACCCAAGCAAGGGCUGCAGCCUGACUCAGGCGCUUGUCUCCAACCACUUGAGGAAAUCUAAAUUGGGAAGCAAGCAAUUUAACAUUUUUCCAUGCAAAAAGAAAAGGGAGUGGCAACAGAGCAACAUGUCGGCGGUGACUUAAGAUACAACAAGUGAGGAAAUUCAUCACUUAUCCAAACAAAUUAAGUUUCCAGAUCCUACUCUUCCAAAGCAUUCAUAUUUGACUCUCAAAUUAGCCUCGGAAGUGUUCUCCAAUUUGACCCAAAAAGCAAUAAAUUUUCAAUCUCCAAUUCUCUCGGCUAUCAUACAGGAGUAGGCCUUAUUAAUGAAGACUGUUCAUUAUUAAUAUGUCUUAAAAUGUUACGCUCGGUUGUCU